UAAGGGUCUGUUUCAGAAUGUAUGGAUAAAGUUCCAAAUAACUAUGUUACACAUAAAUUAUUCGGAUGAUAAAAGUUCCGAAUAAGAAACAUUGCGUUUCACAAACAUAAUUUAUCUAACACAUAACUAUCUGAAACUUAUAUGUAAGUGCGGUGGCAACACCAUAUACAAACGUUUCGUUUCUUGAUGUCAUUUCAUUAAGUACAAAAAAAAGUAAAAGAAACUACUUAUAAACAUAUUUCAAAUUAUACAAGAAACAUUGAUUUACUUUAAUAUUUUUAUAAAAUUAGUUAUUAUCCACAUAACGGUUAUAAAAACUUACACAAACGAUUUUAUGGCAAAUGAAAAUUGCUGGUAACGAAACGCGUUUGACAGUGACAAUUACUCACAGUCACAUAUAAGUAUUAGCAGCCGCGCGUGGUAAUUUAAAUUUUUUAUGUUAGUCGUUGGUGUUUGUGUUUCUGUUUUUUUGCUAUUCUUGCGAUUUGAGUGUACCUCUUGAAUACAUUUAUGCACAGUCAUUUCUAUGUAUUGAAAAAUGACAUCAAAACGUGAACGAAGCGUUAACUUCAGCCGGGAAGAAGUUGAGCUUCUAACUUCACUCGUUGCUCAACAUAAAAGCAUUUUAGAAAAUAAGAAAAGUGAUGCAGUCACAUGGAAUGAAAAAGAACAGUGCUGGAAGACAUUGGAGGCACUAUUUAAUAGCAAAAGCGGUACUAAUUAUCGUAGUGCCAAAACAUUAAAAGCGAAAUACGAAGGAAUAAAAAGAAAUACCAGGAAAAAGUCUGCUCUAAUACGUGCCGAAACGUAUCGCACGGGAGGUGGACCUAGUGCUGCUCCUCCUCUGACGCCAGUAGAAGAAAAAGUGAAAGACAUGAUACUGUUGUCUGUAGAUGGAAUCGAAAGUGAAUUUGAUUCUGAUCAUGUUGAUCCUAUACAAAUAGACACAGUAUGUCCUCCACCAACACCUUCCACAUCCAACCAAUUAACACAAAACAUUGAAAUGAUUAUUGCAGACAAUAACUGUGUCCAAGUGGAUACCAAUAUAGAGCAUCACAUGACUGAAGGUCAGUCUACACAAAAUGAUGACUCUGAUGAGGAAGGGCAUUCCAGAAGAAAGAUAAGUCAAUAUACUACACCCAAAAAAGUUGCCAAUGAUGAGAAGUGGACUAAUUGGAAGCCAAAAUCUCUGCGCUCCAAAAAACAUCCUGCCUUAUCUGCUGAGAAGAUGAAAAGGCCAUUCGAAAGAGUAGCUGAUGCAAAAUUAGAGAUUGCAGAUUUACAGAAGAAGAUUCUGGAGGAAGAAUUCUUAAAUAAAAGAAAGCAAUGGGCCUUUGAAGAGGAAGAAAGGGAGCACAAAAGAGAAAUGUGGGCGUUGGAAAAAAAAUACUUUUUAAAUAAAUUUGAAAAAUAAA